AUGCAAAUAGGAACCUCCUCGGCUUUAAACGGCGACUUCACCACCACCGCAACAAAAUUCCAGGACAAUUUUCGAAACGACGCUGGUUACACCUCCGAUAUCUUCCCUCUCUCUCAAGCCUCCCUUUCUAUAAACAACUCUCGCUUCAUAAUGCAACACCAGGACCUCAUAAACCGAAGCGCUCUCUGCCUCGCGCGCCUCCGUGAGGUAACUGUCGAAAUGGAGUCUCUCCGCCAAGAGAACACCACUCUUCGAUCUGUCAACCGCGAGCUCAACAAUCACCUCAGCGUCCUCAUCCGAGCCUCACUCCACCAACACUACGACGAUUCUACAAUGAAACCGUUUGUCAUUGAUCGUGGUUUUCGCAAUUUGUGCAACAUCAGCGGCGGAGACGGUGGUGGUCAUGACAUGUACGAUGAGGAUGAAAGUCCGACGAGCGUGAUGGAGACAGGGAGCGAUGACAUGGAGAGGAUUUCAUUGCCUAAAAGUAUUUCGGUGAGGUCUAAUAGCUGCUCGAAGUCGAAGAUGAAUCAGCAGCACGCGGGUAGUGCUAGUGUGACUCGGAGCAUGAUCACUCGACCAAGAACAGCGAGUCCACUCAAUACUGCGAAGGUUUACGUGCGUGGAGGCAAGAAUGAGGAGGAGGAGCCGCCACUUGAGCUGGAAGUUUAUAAUCAAGGAAUGUUCAAAACAGAGUUGUGCAACAAAUGGCAGGAGACAGGGGCUUGCCCAUACGGUGACCAUUGCCAGUUUGCUCAUGGAAUUAAGGAGCUCCGCCCUGUCAUCCGUCACCCUCGCUACAAGACUGAGGUCUGCAAAAUGGUCGUCGCUGGUGAUGUGUGUCCUUAUGGCCAUCGCUGCCACUUCCGCCAUGCCCUCACUGAGCAGGACAGGUUAAUUAGCCACAUCAAGCCCAGGACAAGCAAGCUUGACAGAUAA